AUGCGCCACCCAGUGGUGAGCUUUGUUUUUAACAUGCUCUGGUCACGCCUGGCCAGCAUUGAGUUCCUGAAGAGCAGGGUCCUCUUCAUGAUCCAAGUGGUCAUUUUCGUGCUCGCCCAGAGCAUCCUGCCGCGCGUGGCACCGAAGAGGGAGUCGGAACCACUUCGAAUUCUGCUUUUCUCAUGCCGCUGCUCGAUCUACUUGUUUGACAUGUUCUUGCUUCUCUGCGCCCACAUCAAGUACAUCGUCACUGACAUCCGAGAGCGCUCCUUCAUUUUUGUGCUCGGCAUACCUUGCCCGGCCUACCUGAAAGACCUCGCCUCUGCUCUACAGCUGGCCAUGGCCAUCGAUCUAGUGCUGCUUGGCUUGUAA